CCAACUUGCACUCUGAACAACCACCAACUUCAAACUCAACUUUGGAGCAUCAAUCAGCUACCACAGGUGAUGAUAUCCAGAUUAAUUCAAAUAAUAGUAAUCCUACUCAAGCAUUGGCGAAUGGGAGGCAAGCCAUUGGAAAUUGUCUUUUCUGAAGGAUGUUGCAAACCAAUCAAGUAUGCUGCUCAACUUGCUAGUGGUAUAGGUUAUGUUGUAAGGCACCUCUCUUCACUGAAGGACAUACGCACAUAUGAUGACAUACCAAAUGAGAAAAAACAGAACCUAUAUGGUGGCUUGAUGGGAUGGUUUGACUUCAAAGAUUGGGAAACUGAUCCUAAUGUGGAAAUGUAUGUGGAUGACAUGCUUCAGAAUAGCUAUAGGCAGUGGAGGAAUACUAUGCACAUAGAUUAUAAGAUGUUGAAGGUAGCUGGAAAAGAUCCACUUACCUCAUGUCCUUAUGACUGGAUUGAGCAAGAUGAGUGGAAAAGUACGUGUGAUUGGUUCGAAGAUCCUAUAUUCAAGAAAAAAUCAGAAGCCAAUACAAAGAACCGUGCCAUGUUACCCUAUCCGCACACUGGCGGUUCAAAAUCAAAUCAUGUUCGAGCACAAGAGAUGGUUCCACCAAGUGCAAUUGAUGCCUGGACUGCUGCUCACAUAAAAAAGGAUGGCCAAUUUGUGAAUAAUACUGCAAAAUCUCUCGAUGAUGAGUUAAAAGAAGAGAGAAGGCAAUGCAUCGAGAAUGGAGAAAUUGUCAAUGAAGUUAAAAUUAUGGAAAAUGUCCUAGGAAAGAGGGCUGGUCGUGCCAAAGGGUUGGGUAUGGGGGUCAUACCACCCCAAUCUUCUCGCAAACCCGAAUCUUCAGCUAAUAGAGCACUACUUGAAGAACUAAAACAGUGCAAGGAGAAGAUUCAAUGCUAUGAGGAGCGAAUUCAAGCACAAGAUACCCAAAUCCAAAAUCUUGUACAAAGCCAGCAAGGGAUACAAGAAAUGCUGCAAGAAUUCCUCAUUUGGAAACAGAAGCAGUGUGGAGGUUCUUCCUAGUAAUGGUUUGGGAUGAACGUUUGGGACCGCUUUUGGCUUUUGGCUUUUGAGUUUGGGAUAAACUCAACAUUAUGGACUGCUUUUGGCUUUUGGACUGCUUUUAGCUCAUACUGAAGAAUUCCUCUAUUUUGAUAUCAUCCAUCUCUAGUAUUUUGUUGACCAUGGAAUUGAAGUCCAUCUUUUGAUUUUAGCACAUGUUAGGUAUAUAGCAGUUAUCUAGGGAGAAAUAGCAAUAUUUAUAUUGGUUUCAAAUCAUGGAAUGUAAUGAUAUGUCAAUGUUUGACAUGGUUAACUUUUGUGGUUUGACAUAUUAUGGUUGCCUACUAAUGAAAUUUGUAAAGUUUUGGUUGAUA